AUGGAUUUGGCUCUCCCCACAGCCCGCAGGCCCUGCAGCUGCGAUGUGAAAGCAUCGAAAGCCUCGGGCAUCCCAUCAGCCAGCCCUGUGCUGGCCGGCCCCAAAAAGCUGAGCCUGCGAAUCCUUCAGGAUUUCAGCGGCAGCAACGGCUCCUUGGAGAAAAGCUCCCAGCCACAGGGGGCGAGACUGCAAGCCAGGGCUGGAGAGCCGGGGGUCUGGUGGCAGAGCGGAGAGGGGAACGCAGGGGGGACCAAGGGAUCAAAGCUGGCAGCGCUCUUCAAGCAUCCUCUUUACAACAUCCCAAUCCCGGAGGUGACGGAGAAAGACAAGCUGUUUGUCGUCAACCCCAUGGAGAAGUUCAGCCUGCGCAGCAGCGGGAGUGACGAAUGGGUCAGCAGCAGUAAAGCCGAGACGCUCCUCCCGACAGGGAAGACUGCCUAUGACACCUACCCCGCCUGGCUCAAAUUCCAUGUUGGCAUCAACCGCUACGAGCUGUACCCCCGCCAGGACCCCCUGAUGCCCAUCCUCCUCCGGGAGUUGGCCACGCAGAGGAUCGUCAGCUCGGUCCAGAAGUCCGGCGGGACCCAACUCAAGCUCAUCAUGACGUUCCCGAAUUACGGGCAGGCCCUCUUCAAGCCUAUGAAGCAGACCCGGGACCAGGAGACCCCCAUAGACUUCUUCUACUUCUCAGACUUUGAGCGGCACAACGCGGAGAUUGCAGCCUUCCACCUGGACAGGAUCCUGGAUUUCCGGCGAAUCCCACCAGUUUCUGGCCGUUUGGUCAACGUAACGAAGGAAAUUCGUGACAUCACCACAGACAAGAAACUGGCCAAGACUUUCUUCAUCUCCCCAGCGGGCAACGUCUGCUUCUACGGGGAGUGCUCCUACUACUGCUCCACCGAGCACGCCCUCUGCGGCAAGCCGGACCGGCUGGAGGGCUCCAUGGCU